AGAUAGAAGAAGUAACCCUUGAAUCAAAUAAUUUACCUUUACCUAAUUUAGAAACUUCAAUACGCUUACAUAAAGAAUAUCUUCAGCAGUGCCAAAUAAAAAGAAAAAAAGAAGUUCCAAAU